AUAAGAUUUGUGAUCGGUUUACUGAAGUGGAUACCAAGUGUUGAUUGUGGAAGUAACUCGUGAUUGACACUAAUUGCUUCCAACAGUAUUUCUUGUGCUCUGAUCGCACAUUUGGUUACCGCGAAACAAUUAAACAUAUCUCAGUAUCUGUUUCCGGUGUGUAAUACGUCAAUUCCACUGCACUACACAAUUUACCAGGAAAUUAUAAACAAUGGGAACACAACAGAUGGGCCACUGGAGCGUGGCCUCCGGCCGGCCAUUCGGUCUAACUUUUAACAUCGGUUAGCUCUUAAUUACCUUCGGAUGGCCAGUCGAUUGGCAGAAGGAAUGGCGACCGUCCUCACCUUCGUGGUCAUUCUGGCCAGCGCCAACGAACUCCUGUCGGCUCCAGCUGAAGAUUACGAUGUCACAGUUCGGACGGAGCGAGGGCUUCUAAGAGGACUCCGGAUCGAAUCUGCCCGCAGUCAAGAGGUCCUCGCCUUUCUGGGCAUUCCUUACGCCAGACCCCCAGUGGGAGACUUGCGUUUCAAGGCUCCUCAACUAGCGGAACCGUGGACCGGGACCUACGAUGCCACCGUACAGGGAAGCCACUGUCCCCAGCAGGACUUAAUGUCCGGCAAAUUUACAGGGAGUGAAGACUGUCUCUUCCUGAACGUAUUCACCAAGAAGUUGCCUGAAGCUUCCGAGGAGCUGAAGGCUGUGAUGGUGUGGAUCCACGGAGGCUGCUACAAAGGAGGGUCUUCGAGUCCGGUCGUGUACGGCCCCGAUCACAUCCUCGCUGAAGAUGUUGUCCUGGUGACCAUCAACUAUCGGCUGGGACUUCUAGGAUUCUUGAGUCUGAUCGAGGCCGGAAUUCCGGGCAACAACGGCAUGAAGGACCAGGUGUUGGCCCUGCGGUGGGUGCAGCGGAACAUCGAGCACUUCGGCGGGGAUCCGGGCAGAGUGACCAUCUUCGGGGAGAGCGCAGGGGGCGCCAGCGUGCACUUCCACCUGCUGUCUCCAAUGUCCAGAGGGUUGUUCCAUCGAGCCAUAGCUCAAAGUGGAUCAGCUCUGGACCCGUGGGCGUACGCCGAGCCGGAGUUCCUGCGCAGGAAGGCGAUCACAGUGGGCGAGCGGAUGAACUGCAGCACUGCAGACCCUCAGGAACUUGUGCGAUGCCUGCAAGCAGCUCCGGCUGACUUGAUAGUCGAGAAGACCAUCGUGGGGGUUUUCAGUACCUCUGGUACGGUGGUGCCGGUCAGGCCGACGAGGGAGGACGGAGGCGUCAGUGGUGAAGACGUGUUCCUGCCAGGCGAACCGGCAGAGCUGAUAGCUUCAGGAAACUUCCUCAACGUUCCUUACAUAACCGGGGUAAACUCUAGAGAAGCCAUCAUUUAUAUGGAAGAUAUUCAGUCGAUCCCGUCCUUCUGGGAGGAUUUCGACAACCAAAUGGUGAAUGUCAUCACCGACCUUCUGGACAUGGACGAUCGCAGUGAGGCGAAUGAAAUAGCGCGCAAGGCACUCACUUUCUACGCUGGAGACGACGGCACAGUUAACAAAACUCUUCCAGGAAGGUACGUGGAUAUGUUUUCUGACCUGGCGUUCGUGGUCGGAGCGGAUCGAACGGUGAAGAUGCAGGCAGCCCUGUCAACGGCGCCCGUCUACUCGUACUUGUUUGCGUUCGACGGCGCCCUGGGCCUCGCCAAGCUCGCCUUUGGCACUGUCAUGGACGGCGUCUCUCACGCCGAUGAGCUGGGAUAUCUGUUCCACACCGCGAUCAGCCCCCCUGUGAACGAAGAUUCUGACGAGAUGAAAGUUUUGUUGAACAUGGUGAAGAUGUGGACCAACUUCGCAAAAACCGGGGACCCCACCCCACAGCGGGACAGUCUGCUGAGCGUCACGUGGGACCGGGCCACCAAGACCGAGAACGUGUACCUCAGCAUUGACAGGCAGCUGAGCAUGAGGCGAGACCUCUUCAGGGAACGAAUGCAGUUCUGGGAAGACGUUCUGAGACGUCACGACCACGAGUAAUUUCAGUUUCUCCAAUUGUCUUUAAGCCACGCCUCACGCUUAGUCUCGAAGAAACUUUCUUUAAUAAAUGGGGAAGUGCCUUCGUUUGACUGUGUCUUAA